AUGGACUUGACAACCAUUUUUUUUUUCAUCAUCGGUUUAACUAACGCAACACUUGCAAUCACCUUGAAUGCAAUUCAAGUGAAGCUCACGCUCAAGAAAAAAAAGAAAGAAAAACCUCCCAUUUACAUGCUAAAUCUUUGUGGCAUUAAUCUAAUGGUUGGUAUUUUUAUCAUCAUAAAUAAGCUUCGUUGGUUAAAUAAAAACUCCAGUGGUGAAGAAACACUUUUUCAAAAUGAAGUUGUAUAUCUCCUGCUUAGUCUGCAGCUAUUAGCGUUUGUUAUCAUGGCUGGGGAUCGUUAUUUAGCACAUAAAAAACCACUCAUAUACUGCAGCAUGACCGAAAAAAGUGCCACCGUUGUUUGCGCAAUGAGCUGGGUAAUCUCAGUUAUUCUAACAGUCUUGUUUUAUUUUACAAUGAAAAACUAUAAACAAGUUUUCUUGUUAUUAACAAGUUUUAUUUACUUAGCGUUAGCGUGUAUGAUACCCUUCUACUAUGUCAUGAUAAAGGAUAUUGCUCCGAAAGUACCCCAUGAAAACACUACAUGGCAAACCCAACAAGAUAAAAAAGAGAGGGUGUUAUCAAUACGUAAAGAUAAAGAAGAAACACCAACACCAUCCCACAUGGAAAGCAAGAAAAACAUUUUGUUUACAAAAAGAUGUAACAAGGUGGAUGUUUGUAAAAACCCUCGCCAAGAAUCCAGUAAAAUCCAUAUGUCAAACCAACACAAGAACAGAAAAACCAAGUACAGAAAAAAAGUUGAAACACUGCGUUUGUUUACUGGAACUUUAGUAUGUUUUGCGAUCUGUUGGUUUCCAUUUUCAAUUUAUGCUUUUGUAUUAAAUUCCAAUGUUAUGGAUAACUGGAAACAUAAAGAGACGUUGACAAUCAGCGUGUUAAAUCUAGCCUUUUUUAAUUCAGCUAUUGCGCCAACAAUUUACUUAUUUUACGCAUGGACAAAGACCAAAAAGAAAAACAAUCCUUAA